GAGAGACGGGACACUCUCCCACUCAGUCGAAGCCAGAUAGUGGAGAGCUCACGACCACCAUCUCUCCCCAUCUCUGACAAACCAUAACAUAACUGGACAUCACUUCGCACUAGAGAAACUGUGCCAUUUCAUCGAAGAGGCCACAAGUAAGGGAAUUUUUUUCUCAAUUACAAAUCCCAGAUCAGUGAGCUGUGCGUGAUCGUUCCCAGCAAACGGCAGAAGGAUGAACAGCUUCGAUCUGGAUGAGCUGUUCGACACGUGGGAGGACCUGAACCUCACAGGCCUGUUGGAGAAUGGGACGCGCGUGGAGGUGGGUGGCUGUCCCACGGCCUUCGACCGCAGCGCUCUGCUCUACUCCAUGUGCAUCCUCUACGUCUUCAUCUUCCUGGUCGGUUUGGCUGCCAACGGCCUCGUCCUCUGGAUCAACAUCCGCACCCAGUGCACCACCUCCGGCUCCUCCCCUUGCCACGAGACGCACCUCUACAUCGCCCACCUGGCGGCGGCUGACCUGUGCGUGUGCGUCACGCUGCCCGUGUGGGUGAGCUCCCUGGCACAGCACGGCCACUGGCCCUUCGGCGAGUUGGCGUGUAAGCUCACACACCUGCUCUUCUCCGUUAACCUCUUCAGUUCCAUCUUCUUCCUGGCCUGCAUGAGCGUCGACCGCUACCUGAGCGUGAAGCGGCCGGCCGACAGUGAGGAUGGGGGCCGGCGCCGGAAGCUGAUUCGCCACGGCGUGUGCGUGGGGGUGUGGCUCCUGGCUCUGGUGGCUUCCCUGCCGGACACGUACUUCCUGCGGGCGGUGAGGUCAUCACACGGGGAUGUAGUGCUGUGCAGGCCGGUGUACCCAGAGGAACACCCCAUGGAGUGGAUGGUAGGGGUCCAGCUGAGCUUCAUCCUGCUUGGUUUCACCAUCCCCUUCCCUGUCAUCGCUCUGGCCUACGCCCUCCUGGCCAAAGCACUCUCCUCCUCCUCCUCCUCCUCCUCCUCCUUUUCCUCCUCGGCAGUGGAGCAGGAGCGUCGUGUGAGCCGCAGGGUGAUCCUAGCCUACAUCGUGGUGUUCUUCGCCUGCUGGGGGCCCUACCAUGGGGUGCUCCUGGCCGAUGCCCUCUCCCUGCUGGGCCUGGUUCCUCUUAGCUGUGGGGUGGAGAACGCCCUCUACGUGGCCAUGCACCUCACCCAGUGUCUGUCCCUGCUCCACUGCUGCUUCAACCCCAUCCUCUACAACUUCAUCAACAGGAACUACCGCUACGACCUGAUGAAGGCCUUCAUCUUUAAGUACUCCACACGUACAGGCCUGGCCAGGCUCAUAGAACAGACCCAUGUCUCUGAGACAGAGUACUCUGCCGUCGCCGUGGAGAACACACCACAGAUCUGAGACUGAACUCUAACACUCUGGAACUCAAAAACACAUCAAGGACAUUUAGAACAUAGUCUAGAUCAGUGUUCACCAACCGGUUGAUCGCGAUCGACUGGUCCAUCUCCUAGGCAUUCCUAGUCGAUCGCCAAACAUUUCUGUAAAAAGCCCAAUGAUAAAGCCUUGCGUUCCUAUUUGUUUCGCGCUGUUUGCGGUAGGUGCACUUCAUUCAGCUACCCUGCGCGCCGGGUAGUCAAAGUGUUCCCAUUUUGAACCAUUUCAUGUGUCUGAAAGUACAAACUCUGUCUACCCGGCGGGCCUGGAGAGCAAAUCAAGUACACAUAUAGGCCUACCGCUGGCCAAUCAGAUACACUAUAUAUACAGUAUGUGGACACCCCUUCAAAUUAGUAGAU